AUGCUAGCUUAAUCACCUAAUUUCAAGAUGAAAUAAAUGAUUCCACUUAGUGUUCAUUAGAAAUAUCUUAUAGAAGAUGAACCUAAUGAAGAGAUAUUCGAAUCAGAAUGCAUUAAAAUAUCAUUUAACGAAAGAAUGAUUGUUUGUAAUUAUAAACCUUGGCAAAAGGUGAUCUAAUUAUAAAAAACGAUUGAAAAAUUGAAAGGACACAAAAAUAUAAAUUGGAUCAACCCUACUCUUAGUGGAGGAUCUACAAUUCCCUUUAAAUCAAUUUUAAAGAAUUCAUCUUCAACUAAACUUGAAAUUUCUUAUGAAAAUUGA